UUGGUAAAAAUCGGGAGAGCGGGAGGCAAGACAUCAAAUCGGGAGACUCCCGAUCAAAUCGGGAGGGUUGGAAUCUCUGAAGUUCAAGGUACUCGAUUCAUUACCUAGAUAUUAAAAUGCCUUUCAGAGUGAUAUUCGGUUUAAUUCAAGUGAUUUAGGUUAAUAACGAGGUAUUGCAAUAGUUCAGUUCGGUCAAACACUCUGGCCUGCUAGCAGAACAUAGUUUGCAUGGAAACAAGGAGGCAGUAGGGUUCGACAGACAGUGAGUAAAUCACAACUGUUUGGUAAGUGAGUAAGAUGAAACGCUAACAAGUUUAACUUAACUUGUUAAACCUUGUAUUCUACCGUUUAUUUACUACAAAAAGGAUUGUUCUCGUGCUUGCAGUGAUCUUAAAAUUAGCAGGGAUAUUAAGAAACGUCCAAUUGUCAGUAUGUUAUUAUUGCCUUUCUGGUCCUAUGACUUCGUGCCUUUAGUAUGGCUGUAAUACAUUAACAGAUUUCGAUCCUUAAAUUUCCCCAUCUAUGUGCUCUGCAGUAGUAUUCCCACAUCAAGAUCACUAGAAAAUCGUUAAAACGAAAUGUCACUGUGGUUUCCAAAGACACAAAGAAAAAAACUCUUACAGGCCUUUCCUUUUUAUUGUGUAUUUUACUGAAGCUGUCUAUCUAAAAAAAAUUAUAUAUAUAUAUAUAUAUUGUUAAAUAAUAUGAUCUCUAGCCAGCUCACAGCUCAUACUCACCAGCUCUUAUUUGGAACAAAAACCUUCCACAAUUACAGUCUUGCAUCAACUGACACCUUUCUAAAAAUACAUUGAUAAGAAAAUCCUGCACCAGUCAAGAAGAGAGAAGUCUAUGAUCAUGCUCUCUCUUGAGAUGAGAUUGUGUCAGAACUCUUUGGGAUGUCUUUGGUAAUUUUCUGAAUGUCUUUAGAACUAGUGAAGAGUUGUAAGAUUUUCCUUGAGAACUCUCCAAAAAACCUUUUGAUCUGCAGGCUAGUGUGCUUCUCACUGAAUGUUUCAAACAUGGAUGAGGAAAAGAAUGAGUGGCUGGCACAGCAUUAUUCUCCAAGCAUGUGGAAUAAGCGAAUGGACCCAGGAGAAGUAGUAGAUUCCCACAUGAACAUCUGUACUAGCUAUAGUGAAAUUACUUGCAAAAAUUCUCACUGCGAACUGAGUGUCUGUUAUGGUGAAAAGAAAGCUAAGAUGGAUAUAUUUUAUCCUAUGCAAGAGACUGAUGAGACAGCUGUAUCUGUAAAAAAAAUUGGUGGUAGUUCUGCACCAGUAGUACUGUUUGUUCAUGGCGGGUACUGGCAAGUAGGGAGCAGGAAGAUUUACAGCUUUGUUAGUAAAUCAUGGACUAAAGCUGGUUGUGUUGCAGCAGUGGUGGGUUAUAACCUUGCACCAGAAGCGAGCUUGAAUCAGUUGAUGAGUGAAAUAAAGUCAGCAGUGAAAUAUAUCAAUACCAGGUUUCCAAAGUCCAAACUGUUCUUGUGUGGCCAUUCAGCUGGGGCACAUUUGUGUGCUAUGAUGAUGGUGUCAGACUGGAGCAAAGAUCCUUCAAUUCCACAAGUCAUUCAUGGUAUGUUCUUGAUAUCAGGAGUUUUUGAUUUGGUACCUAUUGUAAAUACCUAUGUUAAUGAUGCAUUAAAACUGACAGAAGAAUCUGCUGCACAAAUCAGUCCUCAACAAAUUCUGAUAAAGAUGUCACCAACAUUUAUGUGCCCUAUUUUGGUUGUGAAGGAAGAGCAUAGUUCCCCAGAGAUUAAUCGACAGGCUAAAGAAUUUGUUGAAAUCUUAAAAGUUCAUAAUGUUCAGUGUUCUUUGCUUGAGCUACCAGGAGUAGAUCACUUCAGCAUGAAUGAAAACAUGGUAAAUAGUGAUGAUCUCCUCUGCCAGGAGAUUUUAAAAGUUGUCGGAAAUAUCAACUCAGCAAGGAGUGAAAUAGGAGUCAAAGGUUCAAACUCAAGUCUUUAA